GUAACUGCGGCAGUGAUUGUAGAACACUUCUUAACUCACUGAGAGUGAAACGUCGCUGCCCGGGCUGUGAAGUGGGUAUCGAGGACUAUAUUACAAAUGGACUGGACAUUGCUUGUGUUGUUUGGUACGUGUGUUUUCUGUCAGCAGAAACAGGCAGCUAGUUGUUCAGGUGUUCACAAUUCCGCUGAAUGGCUGAAAAACAACAACACUAAACAGAUAAGUUUUCGUGCAGAGUGGGACGGAAUUUUAAUCGUCAAUUCUUCAUAAGACUUAGACUUGAGGAGCUGUUCACGACUGAGCUGUACUGAAAGACCAGGCUGCUGAAAAAAUCAAUGUUACAGAGAUCGGCAGAGAAGGAAGGACGACAGUGAAGUUGCUGCCUACAGACUGUUGGAUUGUGAAAGGCACUGAAGUCUCUUAACCUGGGGCUCGAGGUUUCUGAACAAUAAUGGCUAAAGCAUACGAAUUCUUGUGGCAGAAACCUGUUCCAGCUUUUAUGCAAGAGGGAGCUGUUUUUGAAAUAUACGAAGAGGAGUCAUCUGUAUUGGAACCUAACUGUAUUUUUAAGGUGGACGAAUUUGGAUUCUUUCUCACGUGGAAAAGUGAAGGAAAGGAAGGACAAGUACUGGAAUGUUCAAUGGUCAACAGUAUUCGAUAUGGGACCAUCCCUAAAGAUCCGAAAAUCCUGUCCGCGCUCGAGGCCAGUGGAAAAGCAGAGCACGAUCUGGAUGGAAGAAUCUUCUCUGUUUGCAGUGACGCCGACUUGGUUAACAUCAGUUUUACGUAUCUGGUGGCUGACAGUGCGGAAACAGCCAAGCAUUGGGUAGAAGGAUUAAGAGCCAUCAUUCACAACUUCAGAGCUAACAAUGUCUGCCCCAUGACCUGUCUGAAGAAACACUGGAUGAGGUUAUCGUUUCUCACAAAUGUCAAUGGAAAAAUUCCAGUCAGGAGUAUUACCAGAACCUUUGCCUCGGGCAAAACAGAAAAGGUGAUAUUUCAGGUCCUGAAGGAACUUGGUCUUCCAAGUGGCAAGAAUGAUGAAAUUGAGCCAACGAUUUUCACCUUCGAUAAAUUUUAUGCGCUAACGCAAAAAAUUUGCCCUCGCACUGACAUUGAGGAGCUGUUCAAGAAACUCAAUGGAGACAAAUCUGAUUACUUAACUGUAGACCAAUUGGUCAGCUUUCUGAAUGAAAACCAACGCGAUCCUCGUCUGAAUGAAAUUCUGUUCCCCUUCUAUGAUGCAAAGAGAGCAAUGCAGAUACUUGAGACUUAUGAACCCGAAGAAGAGUUGAGGAAAAAAGCCAGUAUGUCAUGCGACGGGUUCUGCAGCUACCUGAUGUCCGAUGAAAAUGCGCCGGUCUUCCUUGAUCGCUUGGACCUGUACCAGGAGAUGGAUCAGCCCCUGUCCCAUUACUUUAUCAGUUCCUCACACAAUACGUAUCUCACAGGCAGGCAGUUCGGAGGCAAAUCCUCUGUUGAGAUGUACAGACAAGUUCUUUUAUCAGGCUGCAGAUGUGUAGAGUUAGAUUGUUGGGAUGGAAAAGGGGAGGACCAAGAGCCCAUAAUAACACAUGGAAAGGCCAUGUGCACAGAUAUUCUUUUUAAGGAUGUAAUUCAAGCCAUCAAAGAAACAGCGUUUGUGACUUCUGAUUAUCCUGUUAUCCUGUCCUUUGAAAAUCACUGCAGUAAACCCCAGCAGUACAAGAUGGCCAAGUAUUGUGAAGAAAUCUUUGGAGAGCUUUUACUGAAGCAGCCCCAUGAACUCCAUGUUCUUGAAGCUGGCCGUCCUCUGCCAUCUCCCAAUGAUCUGAAAAGAAAAAUACUUAUCAAAAAUAAAAGAUUAAAACCUGAAGUAGAAUCAAAGCAACUUGAAACUUUUAAAAGGCUGAUGGAAGGUGGAGAAGCACCCAGUCCUGCUAGUAUGCUUGAAGAUGAAAAUGAGGAAGAAACUGAAAAUGCUGACCUGUCUCCGAAUUCUGUUGACCAAAACGAGGAAGCUCAUCCUGAGCUGAAAUUCAAUAGCCAACUUUCUGCUGAUGAUAUUAUUCAAGAGAAGGAAUCACAUAUCAACAGUGUGAAGAAGGUAAUCGAAGAUGCGGAACAGGACAAUAACAAAAAGGGGACGAUAACUGUCGAAGAUGAGCAAGCUUGGGUGUCAUCCUACACGUAUGUUGGUGCUACCACCAAUAUACAUCCUUAUCUAUCUGCUAUGGUCAACUACGCCCAACCUGUCAAAUUUCAAGGCUUUCAGGUAGCAGAAGAGCGGAAUAUUCACUAUAACAUGUCCUCGUUCAAUGAAUCAGUUGGGCUCGGAUACCUGAAAACCCACGCAAUAGAGUUUGUCAAUUAUAACAAACGACAAAUGAGUCGUAUCUACCCCAAGGGAGGCCGAGUGGAUUCCAGCAAUUACAUGCCUCAAAUCUUCUGGAACGCUGGCUGCCAGAUGGUCUCGCUGAACUUCCAGACCCCAGAUUUGGCCAUGCAGUUAAACCAGGGAAAGUUUGAGUACAAUGGAUCAUGUGGGUUCCUACUUAAGCCUGACUUCAUGCGUCGCCCUGAUCGGACCUUUGACCCAUUCUCUGAGACUCCAGUGGAUGGGGUUAUUGCAGCAACCUGUUCUGUCCAGGUAAUAUCAGGCCAAUUUCUAUCAGAUAAGAAAAUCGGCACAUACGUAGAAGUAGAUAUGUAUGGCCUACCGACUGACACUAUUCGAAAGGAGUUCCGAACACGAAUGGUGAUGAACAAUGGAUUGAACCCUGUUUAUAACGAGGAACCAUUUGUGUUUCGAAAGGUCAUUCUGCCAGACCUCGCAGUGUUGAGAAUAGCAGUUUAUGAUGACAACAACAGACUGAUUGGCCAAAGAAUCCUUCCUUUGGACGGUCUGCAAGCUGGCUACCGGCACAUAUCUCUCAGAAAUGAGGGCAAUAAGCCCUUAUCAUUGCCCACGGUCUUUUGUAAUAUUGUACUCAAAACCUAUGUCCCCGAUGGAUUUGGAGAUAUCGUUGACGCUUUAUCAGAUCCAAAGAAGUUUCUGUCAGUAAUGGAAAAGAGAGCUGACCAAAUGAGGGCAAUGGGAAUCGAAACUAGCGAUAUAGCAGAUGUGCCAAACGACACCUCCAAAAACGAUAAGAAAGGGAAAUCUAAUCCGGUUAAAGCAAGCGUUACACCACAAAGCAGCUCAGAACUGAGGCAGAACUCAACGUCAGGACAAGGAACUGGAAACGAUGCAAAGAAAGAUAUAACGGUGAUACCUCAGGUGAAUAUUGAAGACUUGAAGCAAAUGAAGGCCUACCUAAAAUUGUUGAAGAAGCAGCAAAAAGAACUGAGUGCGUUAAAGAAAAAACAUGCCAAGGAACACAGUGUCACUCAGAAAUCACAUUGCUUGCAAGUGGAUAAAAUGGUGGCACAACACGACAAGGAAAAGUUAACCCAAGAGAAGAGUUUAGAAAAAGCAAUCAAAAAGAAGGGAGAAAAUAAUUGUAUUGACUUGAAGAAAGAAACAGAGGUCAAAAUAGAAGCAUUAUCUUCAGACCACAAGCUAAAGGUGAAGGAGAUUGUUACUCAGCAAACUAAGGAAUGGUCAGAAAUGAUAAAUAUACAUUGUGCAGAAGAGCAGGAACUGAAGGAUCUUCAUUUAAGCCAGCAGUGCGAUUUGUUGAAGAAACUGCUCAUCAGUAUGCAUGAGCAACAAAGCCAGCACCUGAAACUUAUUCAUGAUAGACUGAGCAAAGAGAUGCGGGCUAACCAGGCAAAGAGCUCCAUGGAGAACAGUAAAGCCAUAAGCCAGGAUAAAAGCAUCAAAAACAAAGCUGAAAGGGAAAGGCGAGUCCGGGAGCUGAACAGCAGCAACACUAAAAAAUUCCUGGAGGAAAGGAAACGGCUUGCAAUGAAGCAAUCCAAGGAAAUGGACCAAUUAAAGAAAGCUCAGCUUGAACAGCUGGAAGGCUUGGAGAGACAGAAUGAUCAGCUGCUGAAAUCAUGUCAUGCAGGGUCUGCCAUUCAAGGCAAAAGAGAUGCGGCAGAUGGUGAAGCUGGAGGCAGAGAUGGCUCGCAGACCAGCAACAGUGGUCUGAGUUCCCCCGAAACUGACUGAGGCCAAUGCCAUACGAUGAAUAGUAAUGUGCAAACUACCAAUACUAACAGCAAUUUUGCCAUCUCUUCUUACCUCACAAAUCUACUGUAGCCAGCAACUUUCUGUAUCAAAAGGAUCUACGUAUAUCAAGUCAAUGGCUUUGAUGUUACGAGCACUUUAAAGGUUGCUGGUUCUACUUAGUAUGUGUCCAAAUCUGAAUCACUGUCUUCUGGUAAAGAAAACCAGCCUAGAAGUGCUGGCAGGGUUAGGAUUUCAUUUCAUUAAAAUCCAUAGGUUGGAAAAUGGCUAUUCCAGCAAAGUGGAGAUAAAGUCACAAAAUUAUAAAUGUUAUACACAGUAAGAACAUUAUUAAAUUAGUUAGAACACAUUUUAUUGCUUGCCGAGAAAUAUCCUACAUUAGGUCUGCAUAUAUUGCCAAUAAAUGUUCAGAAUCCUAGACAUGUAGAUUGAUCCACUAGAGCCCCACCAUGUCACAAUGACUGUGAUCCUGCAUUCCCUCUCCAAUUUGGAGCUUCCAAGGACCAAUUGCAGUUACAAUUGCUCAGUCUUGUUUGUCAUAAGUGGACAACCUAACCCAAACGUGAUGAUCCUUCUAGCCCAGUGACCAGAGUUGAUCACAAAAGUGGCUUUACACAGCAAAUUAAACAUCAUCAUUUCAAAUCAGAGAAUUGUUUCAACCAUUCAUGUGAAUGUUGAGCUCUUUGCAUGGUCUUGCACAAGUAACUAGCUUUUAGUUUACAACGGAUUGCUGCAUGUUUUUACUCCCUUGGAGUUGUUGGCGCGCUACCAUUCAGCAUUAGACUGCCUGAAAUACUGGUAGCUUUGUCCUCAAAGCGAUGAAGCUAACAUGUAUAUUGAUAGCUUUCCCAAAGGUGAUACCAAGGAAUCCAUCUGGAAAUAAUUCAUUAUAUCCAGUGCCUGGAACUGUCCAGGAUACAUUUAUGGAUCUUUGUCAGGGGUUGUUGGUAAGGGAAAAUCCUUGUUGAGAAUGUUGAUAGACACAAGUUUUGUUUUCUAAAAAAGAAAAUAUGUAAAACACGUACACAACCAUUACAUUUCUUACUUUGCAAUAUGUGAACACUAUAAGACAAAGUGGAUUCAGACCAAGUUAAUGUACUUUAUAAUAAAACAAGAAAAUAAAUCAGAUGAGGAAUGUUGAAUCAGGGAAUUUAUUUAAUAUUCUAAGCACAUAAUGUGAACAAAACAAGUUUUAUUACACUGGUGCCAGAAAGUUGGACAUCUUUUUUGUAAUCAAAUAUAGAUAGCAAAGUAUUCAACAAAGUUUGCUGAGGUUUGGGGCUCCUGUAGCAAAGAGUCUUGAAGUCCAACCAGCAUAUACAAAACAAAAUACACAUCUGUGCAAAGCAGAUAUUCACCAAAUUGUUCUACUUUAAGCAUGUAGUACUUACCAGAGCAAAAUUUGAAGGGCAUCUUUAAUAUUGCCCAAUUCAGCACAGAGUCCUGAGCAAUUCCAGACCUUAUAUGGCAAUACACCUUCACACUAUAAACUAAAAGGACAUCUUAAGUGAUGCUGCAUAAAACAAAACAAAACAAAGAUUUUCUGUAGCUCAGUGUAGCUAAUAGUUAUAGUACGAUAGUACACCAUAUUAUUUCAUGCUUUGGGAGAAGGUUCAAAUCUGUGUCUUAAGAAGUAUUUGAAAUGCUCUUGCCAGACGACAACAUGCAUCCAUCACCCAAAUAAACUUCCCAAAAAUGUUUGUAGCAUUACACAAGAGAAGGUAAAUGAACACUUGUCUACCAGAGCAGAAAUGUUGAAAUGUACCAUGAUGAAAUAUUGUAUGUAAAUAUGUAUUUAAUUCUAUAAUAUCAUUUAAGACCAAAAUGUGUUUUAAGGCAUAUCGAUUAUCUUAAGGGCUGUGUGGUCGUGUAAUACUUGCAGACUUGCUAAGAAUAUAUUUGUUUCUGAGAAUGCAAUUUCGUGUUAUCAGCCAUUUUGAGGGAUUCUUCUCCAGCAAGCCAUUUUUAACCCUCUUAACACAAAUAGCUUUUACAACAUAUCAAUUAUGGUAUUGUAUAUGUAAGGUGAUAUUCCAAAAAUGUAAUGUGUACUACUGUAACAGUUCUUUUAAUGUGCCACUGGUAUGCCUAACUGAUGUAGGUGGGUUACUGGGAAUUGCUGCUUUCACAAAGAAAUGAAGUGCAAUGUUGAAACAAUUUGAAUUAUCUAAAUUCUGCAACUCGGGUAUAUAGUUUUUAAAAACAAAAGUACACAAAUUCUGUUCUGUUUGCUGGUAGACGCUGUCUAUAAAUGGCUGUUCUGUUUUAUAUCAGGUAACUGUCCUACUGCUUAUAUAUAAUUAGUUAUGUAGGUUUAUUGAAAAAGCAGGCUGUUUUACAGGUAUCACUAACAUGUAUUGGUUUUGUUUAAAUAUAUAUAUAUAUUUAGAAAAGAGAUUUGGUGAAGGUGUUUUAUAUUUAUAUUAUCUGUCAAAUUAAAAGGUAGAAAAUCAUGAACUCUUAAUUGAUGUUCCCAGAAUUCUUUAAUACGAUUUUAUAGUUUCUGUACCCCAUUAUAAAUAAAUGAUAAAAGUUGAGAAGUGACUUAA